AUGGAGAGUGUGACAAAGUGGGAUUUGAGAUCGCCGUCAACGUAUAACUCCGUUGAAGCUACCGAGAAUAUCGUAGAAGACGAGCCUCAAAGCACGAACGUCGCUUCCCAUCUUCUAACCGAGCUAUGGAAAUCUCAGCUUCGCAUCAAAGAGCUCGAGACCGACAAGAUUUUAUCAGAAGAAAAGAUUAAGCUCCUACAGAAAAAACAAGGACGGGGCAGCAACGAACACGGUGUAGAUUACUUGCGGCACAAGUUAAACCGUGAGAGAAAGCAGCGGAGACGAGCUGAGGCAGUGAAUUCAAUGCUGUUGAAGAAGGUAUCGGAUUCAGAAUCGUUGCUGAAAAGACGAGAGAAGGAAAGAGAAGCGAUCGAAGAGCUAUGCAAAGAGCUGAUGAGGAGAAUCGAAGCAUUGAGUGGAAAGAUGAACAGGUAUAGGGAUGAAACCGAAGAAGAGAGACAGAUGUUACAGAUGGCGGAAGUAUGGAGAGAGGAACGGGUGAAAAUGAAGCUCGUUGAUGCGAAACUUGCGUUGCAAGAAAAAUACGAAGAGAUGAAUCAGAUCGCUUCAGAGUUCGAGGAGUUGGUGAAGGUGAAGAGAGAUGGGUUUGGGGAGACAAGUAUGAGAAGAGGGGAAGGGUUGAUGAAGAUGGCGAGAUCGGUGAAUGUCUCAGACCAGGCCAGAUCGGAUCCCAACACUUAG